GAGGACAUUGUGGUUACGGUAGCAUUUCUUCUGGAACGCAAUCCUUCUGCAAAGUUUCUCUGUACAUAUCAGGAGCGUAGUGCAGAUUGGUCCAUUGAACAUCUUUUAAACAAGUGGGGUCUUAUUUGUACUCAGAUUUCUCUAACUGAACUGGGUACUGAUUCUGGUAUAAGUAUCCAUGAUUUAAUGCAAGAUCACACUAUACACUUACUAGAUAUUCGAAGGGCAUCGUAAUAGCAAUUGUAUUUUGACAUGGCAUCAAAUGCAGUGAAACAAGUCCACAGGAUCUUUGUUGGAAAUAUACCGUGGACAGUGAGUCAACAGGACUUGAAGAAAUACUUCUCUGAAUUUGGUCACGUGGUCGCAGCUAAACUUAUCGUUGACAAGAAGACCGGCAUCAGCAAGGGUUACGGUUUCGUGACAUUUACGUCGAAAAAUAUUGUCAACACUGUUUGCAGCCGCCAAAAAUUGGAAUUGGAGGGCCACGAGUUAAACGUGGCGCCAACGGUUCAGUAGAAGUAUUGACAGAAACGUAGUCGAUCAACUAUGGCAGAGUGCGAGGAUACUGAAGUAACAGACCUGGAGGAGACCUUCACUAAGGCGGCGAGUCAUCUUCAAUCCCUUGCUGCACGACUAGAUUCCGG